GUCAGUGGUCAGUUUUCCGGCAUCUCCUUUUUCCUCCUCCUUUCCUUCCCUUUUUCCCUUUUCCCCUUUCAUCACCCGUCUCUUCCCUUCCUCAUCAGCUCCCACCCUAUUUUCCAUGCCCCAAUAGUCAAACUUCCUCAACCAUUUUCCGAUCAAUGGCCAAGCGAACCCUACCCAUCCUCAAGCACUUCCUCACCUCCCCAUCUCCAUCUCCCUCUCCAUCCCAUGCCUUAACAUCCAUCCGAUCCGUCACCUAUAUGCCCCGACCCGGCGAUGGCACCCCACGCGCCGUCACACUCAUCCCCGGUGACGGGAUCGGACCUCUAGUAACUGGUGCUGUUGAACAAGUCAUGGAGGCGAUGCACGCUCCUGUAUACUUUGAGCGUUAUGAUGUUCAUGGAGAUAUGAAGAGUAUGCCUCCGGAUGUGAUGGAUUCGAUCCGGAAGAAUAAGGUCUGUUUAAAAGGAGGGUUGAAGACACCCGUGGGUGGUGGUGUUAGCUCUCUCAAUGUUCAGCUUAGGAAAGAGCUUGAUCUAUAUGCUUCCCUUGUUCACUGCUUCAACUUGAAAGGCCUUCCUACGCGUCAUGAGAACGUUGAUAUUGUUGUUAUUAGGGAGAAUACUGAGGGGGAAUAUUCGGGAUUGGAGCAUGAGGUUGUUCCCGGUGUUGUAGAGAGUCUGAAGGUGAUGACAAAGUUUUGCUCAGAACGAAUUGCUAAAUAUGCCUUUGAAUAUGCAUACCUCAACAAUCGCAAGGUAGUGACUGCUGUGCACAAAGCAAACAUUAUGAAACUUGCAGAUGGUUUAUUUUUAGAGUCUUGUCGAGAGAUCGCAAGCAAAUACCCUGGGAUCAAAUACAAUGAGAUCAUUGUGGACAACUGUUGCAUGCAACUUGUAUCAAAGCCUGAGCAAUUUGAUGUUAUGGUCACCCCUAAUCUCUAUGGAAAUCUGGUAGCAAAUACAGCAGCUGGUAUUGCUGGAGGCACAGGUGUUAUGCCAGGAGGCAACGUGGGGGCUGACCAUGCGGUGUUUGAGCAAGGUGCUUCAGCAGGAAAUGUAGGAAAUGACAAGAUACUAGAGCAAAAGAAGGCAAACCCAAUUGCCUUGUUUCUUUCAUCAGCCAUGAUGUUGAGACAUCUGCAGUUCCCUUCAUUUGCAGAUAGACUAGAGACUUCAGUGAAGCGUGUAAUUGCCGAAGGUAAAUACAUGACCAAGGAUCUUGGUGGAGACUGCACCACCCAAGAAAUCACGGAUGCUGUCAUUGCAAAUCUGAACUAAUUUCUAAACCCACUCCCAUAUCUUCCGUACUCGAGAUUAAUCAUGCUGCAACAUGUUUUUAAUUUAUCAUCCUUGCGAUGACUCCAAUUGUUUCCUACUUCUGUUGGUGCACCAUGCCUUUCAAGAUGGCACAUUUCACAAAAUAACGUGAAUCUCCCAAGUGGAAAUAUUACUGUAAGAAACAGGAUUUUACAAGCUUAUAGCCAUUUAUUUCCUAUAGAAUGUUUUUUUUGUAAUGAAGGUGAAUAAAUUUGAUACCAACUUUUGAGCU